AUGGAGACAACAGACCGCUCCGUUUACAACACCCAAGGCCCUGGGAUGAACUCCAGGAGCACACGGAGCAGCUUCCGCUUUUUCUCCCGCCAAAAACUCUCCACUCCGCCUGAUUUUUCCGAAACACCGCUCAGGCGAGCAAAGUCAGCGCAGGGCUUUUUCGCCGGCACAUUCAAGGCAACCCCAUUUUUCAAACGUGCCAGCGUUGUCCCGAACCAGGCUGACCGGAAUGUGUCUGAUGAUAACGGUGCUGUCUUCGCGGGCUCUGACUCGGAUCAUGAGAGUGACGUGCUUUCAACGUUUGCUCCCAUACAUCCUGCAGAGUCGCUGGCAGUUCAGUCAUCUGGUUCCCUUGGAGAGACUAAUGAUAGCCAUCAGCUUAGCGAGGAGACUCAAGAAGCAACCUUGGAGGAGAAGAAGGGCCUCCUCGACCCCACCCCAGGAUCAUCAACUCGAUCCGUCAUUUUGGUGUCUCGGAGACUGAAGAACUACUUCCGAAAAAACAGGAGUUUCUGGUCUCAUGAGAUUGCUGCCUCCUUCCUCGUUCAAUGUGCCUCCUCCGUUUUCCUGCAUGAAAUACAUGGAAAUAGCCCCUUUCUCUUGUCACCCUUUCUUCCUUCCCCAACAGGUUUUGUCGUUUAUUUACACCUAGCCUCAAAUCGACGAAAGGGAUAUGCUGACCAACCAUAG